CCCACAUGUCAUCUCAACACAAGAUUUCAUACAGCAACAAAAAGAGUUUGGAUCCCUUUGAUGAAGAUUUUGUCAGAGUUUCAAAAAAUGUCAGACCAGCGCCAGACUUAUUCAAGUCAGAGAAGCCUUUCAUCAAAACCUAUGAAUCUAAAUGUGACAGGUCUCACCCAACAAAAUAUGACAAGAAGACAUCAUAUAAACACACCAUUGCUUCAACACAAAACCAGAACACUUUACACAAGAUGACUUUGGAUCCCACGGUAGUUGAAGAUUUCUGUGCUACACCUUUAGUGAGGUAUGACACUGGCCAGAAGAAAGCAGGCAGACUGGCAUUUCCUGGUGGAGAUGCUUACAAGUCCUUAACUGACAGAUGUUAUGUAUCUGAACAGUCUAAGACAACAUCUUCACAUCGUCAUAAAUUCCAGUGCAAGGAUGAUGGUUGGAGCUCAGACAAAGGACAUGGCAACCUGGGUUUACAGUCUUGUGGAUUGUCACUAGAUCCUGAUAGAAGCACAGCUGCAGGGAACAGCUUACAAGAUGAUGUAUAUGAUGGCUACAUUGAGAACCGAUUCAAGGAUUUCAAACCAAAUAAGGAAAUGAAAGAGAAGGGAAAGUUACGAAAACGUCAAGAAAUGUUUUCCUUCUCAAAGUUGGAGAAGAGUUGUUUUGACAUGGAGAGCAGGAAGUCCCAAACCAUGAGACCAUCAUCACCACCAUCACUUGCCAGACAGAAUUUGCUUGAUCUAUUCAAGAAAAGGGACAUGAAAAAUACAUUUUCACAAUGUUUGGAUUUAAAGAGAAAUGACAUAAUACCAAGAGAGUCUUAUGGAUCACAGAUAUUGACGGAUUAUGAUCUGAUAUUGUCAUCCGGUGCAAAUGGAGAUAGCAGAAAAACAGUAAAUACGUGUGAAGUUAGUUCCCCACAAAAAGCAGAAGUGCUCCUGAGUCCCAGUUUACCAUAUCUGGAAGAGGAACGUUCUUUCAAGGGUGAUCAUAGAGAUCCCAAGCCUUCCAUACCAUCUACAGAGUCCUCUACCUCCAGCUGUAGCCAAGUCAAACAUUACAGUGUCCAAGGUAACCCAUCUACAGAGUCCUCUCCCUACAGCUAUAGCCAAGCCAAGCAUUACAUUAUCCAAGAUGAGUUAUCAGAUUUUGAUUGGGAAUCACAUGGUUCUUCAACAGUUUCUGCUGGUAACCAAGCAACAAACAAAGACAGAUUCAAAGCAUCAAGAAUCAAUGAAAUCUUUGAAGAGAUGAAACAACUAGAAAAUGAAUCAGAAGAUGAAACACAUGGACAUCAAGAUGCAAACCAAUACACAGCUGUCACACCAACUGACAUAUUACGGUCCAAGAGACAGGAGGAUGCUGUAGAAGCUGAUUCAAUGAGUGAGGACCAGCUGGUGGUCAGCCAGGUGCUACAGGAACUGGUACACAAGGUCGUACUUCAGGACUCACAGACUGUCACACACACCUACAGCUCCAGGUUUGCUCUCCCGUCAAAGGCAAUCACUUCUGCCCCGUGGAAGAGCUUCAAGUCAAUAUAUGCUCACAAAUCAGCAAGAACUGAACAGGGUAGUCUUUAUAUGCUUAGACAGGCGCCCAUGAACUGCCAUGAUAUUUCUUCUUCUCAAAAGGUUAUUGCAUUGGUUGGUACAUCAGGUCAAAACCAGUCUGUGAAAAAUAGUGGCACACCCCAGUCAUCAAAACAGGUGAUAACAUGUGUACUUAGUCCAGUUAACAACUGGAACAAACUGGACCUCAUUUCACCAGUCAAAACAUCAUCAUUAACACAGGAGUGUAUCAAUUCUUCAGCAACAUCCAGUCUUCAGCCUAGCAGUAUGGAAGGAAAGUUGUUGUCAGUGUACGAAGGCCUUAUUACACCUCCCAAGACAGCCCAGGCAAAUAAACCCAGGUCUGGAGGAAUAAUUGAUAAAGGUUCUCAAGAAACACCUGUCACCUGGAACAAACCAAUACUUCUGGAGAUACCUACAGGAGACGUCACAAGGGAUGGAACCCCUGAUCACAGUCUCAAAGGGAUUCAUGUAGAAAACAAAAAUGGUAAACCAGAAACUCCAGUCAAAGGUUCCUUAUCUUCAUCAACAACACCCGUAGCGUUUAGCAUGAAGUUUAGGAAACAAACGCCUCACUCAUCAGAUUUGGCAGAGAUGUUUCCUAGAAAUAAUGACAAGGAAACCUGUGACAGUUGUACUCAAACUGAUUGUACAAUAACAUGUGAUUUUGCAACAUCUCCUGUAAUAUUCCCAACAUCAGGUAAAUGUGAAGCAGGUACGCAGUACGACAUUGAACAUGAGUUAGUGAUGUUGAAUGAUGUUGAGAUGACCAUGGAGCAGGGAGACAGUAUGGAGCUGAUGGACUGUGUGGCGCAGAUGGAUGUGGUUCUGGGGGAUAAACAGUGGACCAUUAGUGACACCACAUUGGACACUGGCUCCCAGACAGACGAUGUCCCCAAAUACUCCCUCAGAUCAAGAAAACAAUCUUCUUUUCCAGAUAAAGUAUAGUUUUGGUGUCAAUGAUAUUGAUCUUGACUUGAGAUAUUGUGCAUGGAGCCAAUGUGGUGCCACUAGAAGGGUCCCGUGGGGGAGAUCGUGGACUUUGAUAAAUGCAACACACUUGGUCCCUUGGGAAGCCUUGUGGACUAUUAUGGCUUUUUGUGCAUCAUACAAUUGUGAGUCUUCUGGAACUGCCAAAUGGCUCUAUAUUUUGUUUCUGAAAUGGUUCUUGAGGAUGUAGUGAGUGUGAGUGAGUUGCAAUUUAAAAUCACAUCAGCAGUAAUUCAGCCAUAUUGUGAUAUUGAGGAUGUAUGUAUAGUUGGUCAUAUUUGUAUUGUUUUAAUAGUGUGGCUCAGUAUUUACACUUUUGAUUUUGGAAAGGCCUUAUGAUCAUUUUUUGCAUCUUGUUCCUGACAGUGUGAUAGAUAUUUUGCACAAGGUGCUAUGAAUUCAAAGGCUGUGUACAUAAUUUCUUAUCAUAUUUGUUCUCUAUCAUUGUUACAGAGCCUUUUAUGUAUAUGUUGUUUAUGAUACUUUGUCGAAGCAGUAUAUAAAGUGUUGAAAUCC